GGAGGAGGAGCAGCACCUGAGUGCCUCUGCUGGCUGGAACAAUGUCUACGUCGUGUUGAAUACGGUUGUUGAACUAAACGCUCCAGAACACGUCGCGUUCACGUUGAAUUUUCAAACGCUGCCGGAAACCGGAAGUGGAAUCAGCGGUGCGCCGCCAUAAAGUGUCCCCUGUCGCUCGCUCGGUUGGUUGCGGUUUGAGACUUUACCACCACAUGUCGCCAGAAAAUUAUUAAUAACUCACAGUAGCUACGACAAGAUGUCAACAGAAAAAAAAUCUUUUGCAUCGUUUUAAGCAAAAAUAAAAAUAUUUGGUUUUUGAUACUUGUCCUCGUCUAACUGGAUAAUGAGCUGAAUAUCUUUUGGGGUUUUGGACUUGUGACAUUUGAAGAUGUCACCUUGGACAAUGAUGGACUUUUUACUGAUGUUAUCUUGGAUAAUAAAGACUAAUUAUCAGGUGACUCAUUAAUGAGAAAAACAAUAAUCAGUUGCAGCAUUAAUCUACAGUAACAUCAACAUCAACGAUUCUAAUUCCUGAUUUCAAAAGAUGUCGUUAUCAAACCCUGAUGAGAAAAAAUGUGACUUGAUAUUUUUACAGUUCAACCAUUAACUUUAUUAUAAAUAACUAUGAAGAAAAAGAAAUGCAACCAAAUGUAUAAUACUUAAAUUGAGAGUCUAAACUUCUUCUUUUUUUAAGUAAAUGUAAACAUGCAUCGUUUCUGCUUUGUUUAUUCUGUAAAAAUGAAAGUUUUCAUACGCAGAUACAGAUCUGAGACAUCUAGACCUCAUCAGACUCUAAUCAUAACAAUAAUUGGCAGAUUAUCCAAUAAUGAAAAUUUUUAUUGAGGAAAAAGGGGAAGAAAAACUGAGUCUUAAAGACAGUUUUUAAUGUCAUUUAGGGGAAAUAGGAAAUCAAACAUACGGCGAUAAGAUUAAAUCUACUCGACCAGUGGAGAUCGUGUUUCUGCCUCAUCGGCACUUUUUGAAAUAGAGGAAAUCACCAGAUAAGAGGAAGAGAGAAACCAACACAACCAAAAGGAAACAAAUAUUAAAAAAGAUAUGACACAUGGAGAAAAUCGAAAAAGAAUAGAAAAUCCCAGCCCUCGGGGGAGGAACCUGCUGUUGGUUUCAUUUCCUCUUUACAGUUUGUAUUUUCUGAAUCGUCUGGUGUUUUUUAAUCUGAGAUCUAAAAAUAUCCACAAAAGAAAUAAGACACGUGCGGCUUUUUAACCGCUGCUGUAGCCAAAUGUCAUAAGUCUUAUUAAUGAUUGAUGGGUUGCACAACCCAUCAGACGUCAUAACGUCCCGUCUGAGGACGGAGGUUCCUGGACUUUCCCGCCUUCAGAUAAUCCGGGACAGUUUUGAACAACUUCAACUUUCAUUUUCUGUUUGUCCGUCGUAAAGUGUCUGAGGUUGUUCUUUUUCCACUUCACCUCUGACAGUUCUGAUCUCUCCGUCUACGGCGUUGGUUAAUUUUUGUCUAGUGUUGUUGACACAGCUGGUAAAAGUAAACAUGUGCGAGCGGAGCGUCGGAGCGCCGGCCGUCCGACCCGGGGGGAUCGUCCAAUCUGUGCUGAGGGGAGUGGGGAGCGCCUGAGGGGAGUCGUCCUCCUCGUCGUGGUCCCGGGAGCCGUUUGGAACCCAGAAGGGUUCUUCUGAUUUUCUGAAGGGGAAAUCGAGAUGUGGAGCUGCGGACUGCGGGGCAGGACAGGUGCAUGCUGGGACGGCGAGGAUUGUUACCAGACGGUCGGGAGAAAAGCCGGAGGCCGACAGAGCUCGACGCAGGAGAUCGGCGAGGAGGCCGAGGACGACGCCGUCUUCACCAUCACGCUGCGGAAGGUGCAGCUGCACCAGUCGGCCAGCAAGGGGCAGCGGUGGCUGGGCGUGGACACGGACGCCGCCCUCAGCCUGUACGAGACCUGCAAGGUGCGGACCAUCAAGGCCGGCACGCUGGAGCGGCUGGUGGAGUACAUGGUGUCGGCGUUCCGCGGCAAGGACUCCACCUACGUCACCAUCUUCCUCUGCACGUACCGCUCCUUCGCCUCCACCCGGCAGGUGCUGGAUCUCCUGCUCAACAGAUAUGCCAAGCUCCAACACGUGCCUGCAGCCACAGCACACAGAGUUUCCCAGGACGACUGCACCGAGCUGAGGAACACCGUGUCGUCCAUCCUGGGCGCGUGGCUGGACCAGUACUCCGAGGACUUCUGGACGCCUCCGAGCUACGACUGCCUGCACCAGCUGCUCUCCUACCUCCACCGCCACCUCCCCGGCUCCGACCUGGAGCGCCGCGCCCGCAACCUGCUGGCCCACUUCCACCGGCGACAGCAGUGUGAGCCCGAUCCUGACGGGGAAAACAUCGGCUGCCCUUUCGCCACGCAGGAAGAGAGCGGCUUCGAGGACGAGAUCCCUGCGUUCAGCUUCCUGUCGUUCGACCCCAUCAUGGUCGCCGAGCAGUUCACGCUCAUGGACGCGGAUCUGUUCAAGAAGGUGGUGCCCUACCACUGUCUGGGGGGCAUCUGGUCCCAGCGGGACAAGAAGGGGAAGGAGCACCUGGCCCCCACCAUCAGGGCGACGGUGGCCCAGUUCAACUCCGUCACCAACUGCGUCAUCACCACCUGCCUGAGCAACCCGGUGCUGAAGCCCAACCAGCGGGCGCGGCUGCUGGAGCGGUGGAUCGACGUGGCCCGGGAGUGUCGGAUCCUGAAGAACUUCUCGUCGCUGCGCGCCAUCCUCUCUGCGCUGCAGUGCAACGCCAUCCACCGCCUGAAGAGGACGUGGGAGGAAGUGUCACGGGAGAGCUUCCGCACCUUCCGCGAGCUGUCCGAGAUCUUCUCCGACGACAACAACUACUCGCUCAGCCGAGAGCUGCUGGUCAAGGAGGGAACUUCCAAGUUCGCGACGUUGGAGAUCAACCCCAAACGAGCUCAGAGGAGACACCAGCAGCAGAGAGACCUGGGGGUGAUGCAGGGGACCAUCCCCUACCUGGGGACCUUCCUGACGGACCUGGUGAUGAUGGACACGGCCAUGAAGGACUACACCGAGGGUGGUCUCAUCAACUUUGAGAAGAGGAGAAAGGAGUUCGAGGUGAUCGCGCAGAUCAAACUGCUCCAGUUGGCCUCCAACAACUACAGCUUCACUCAGGACAGUCACUUCAGGGAGUGGUUCGCCUGCGUGGAGAAGCUCAGCGAGGCGGAGAGCUACAACCUGUCCUGUGAGAUCGAGCCUCUGUCGGAGUCGGCCAGCAACACACUGCGGGCCAAGAAGAACGGAGGAAUCAUGAAGCGCUGGAGCGAUCGUCAGUUGACGGAGGCCGGCUGCAGCGGCGCCGCGGGCUCGCACUCCAAGUCCUUCGACCACUCGCACUACAGACCGUACCAAGGCAGCGGCAGUGGCGGCGGAGGCGGUGGCGGCGGGGGGGACAGUGGCGACGCCCUCAGCGUCACGUCCGUCAGCUCCAGCGGCUCAGACCUGGAGGACGUGAACGCCAGCUUCCUGUCCGACUCGCCGGAGGGACACGAGAGGAAGACGUCGACUCCGUCAGUGAAACUCACCGUCUCUGCUUACGGGAGAGAAGCUCCAGCAGCAGAUACAACGUCUACGUUCUGGGAGUGCACGUCCCUGUCGUCCCUGGAUACGUCCGGGACGGGCUCCAGCUCCGGCUCGGCCUCGGGCUCCAGCAGCGCCUCGUCCUCCUCCGUCUCCUCGUCCACGCCGCUUGCGGCCUCGCGCUCGCACAAGCGCUCGGUGUCGGCCGUGUCCAACUACUCGACGCUGUCGCUGCCGCUGUACAACCAGCAGGUGGACGACUGCUGCAUCAUCAGGGUCAGUCUGGACGUGGAGAACGGCAACUUGUACAAGAGCAUCCUGGUCACGAGUCAAGACAAGACGCCGGCCGUCAUCAGGAAGGCCAUGAUCAAACACAACCUGGAGCGAGAGAAGACCGAGGACUACGAGCUGAUGCAGAAGAUCUCUGAGGACAAAGAGCUGCGUAUCCCGGACAACGCCAACGUCUUCUACGCCAUGAACUCCACUGCCAACUACGACUUUGUGCUGAAGAAGCGCGGCUUCGCGCGGCCGGUGCGAGCCAAGAACGUGGCGAGCUCCACGCUGCCGCGCAUGAAGCAGAAGGGGCUGAAAAUCGCCAAAGGGAUCUUCUGAGGCCCCCUGCCUCCCCCCGUCUCCCCCCUGAACACCCUCUCUCCAGAGGAAACUUUUUCUCGUUUCCGACGUCUGUCGGGAGGGAAAACUUAAAGUCCGAAGCACCUGAGUUUUUGGUUUUGGACAAAGAGACUCGCCAGAGGAGAAAAUGACCACGCCGUCCUUCCUGUGGACGAGCAGGAAGCGGAGGAGCAACGGGGCCGCCGCGUCAUCGGGACCCGCCGAGGAUUUCAAGAGGCGGAGUCGGUCGCAGGGAAAAAAACAUAUGUCCCACGUAGACGCCGCUUCCUGACGGACACGUUUUGCGCAGGGAAAAACAAACGGCUCAACGUCCGAGUCGGCGGAGGAAACCCGUGGAACUCUUUCCGCCGCCGCGUCGGCUCGUGGAGAAGCAGAUUCAUUACAAUUUUUCUGGUCCUUAAAAUAUUUGUUUACAUAUUUGUUUACAUUUGAACAUCAUUUAUGCACCUUCACGGAAAAAACUUUUUUAACCCCUCGGCAGCCUUUACCCCCCGGAUGUCCCUCCCUCCGCCCUCACGCUCGCCCCCUGCUGGCCUGGAGUGUACAUACAUGAACGAUACGAAGCCGCGGCGAGGAAACACACACGUGUGUGUGUUUACCAGCUGGGUGUUCCGAUGUGUUUCUAUACUUUUUCAGGGAAACUUUUGUUGUGAGUGUGUGAACCUGCCGGCGCCUUUACCCUCUCGCCCCCCCUCCCCCCUGGGGGGGUUUCCUGUGUGGGGACAGUGUUUUUACGGGGACGGCGGAGCUGAACGUUUGUCACUCGGGACUCGCGACACUGACGAGGAGGAAUCUGAGCUCUGGACUUCUGAACGCCGCCAUGUUACUUUUAAAUAAAUAAAAAGAUGAAUAAAUUAAUAAAAGGUCAAGAGACGGAAACGGACGGGAACGGCCAGGAAUCACGUGCCACUAACGUUGUUUUUUCUUUCCUUUUUUUUUUUUACUGAAUGGAACCACUUCACGUGACGGACGCGUCGGUCUGAGAUGAAAAACAAUAGACCUGAGUGUAAAUAUCGAUUAAACACCGACUGUGCAGUAUAUUCUUUUCUUUUAAUCCACUCGUUCACAAGAUGUCGACACUUUUUGUACAUUUUUAUUUUGCGUCUCUCUGAUCUGACGUGUCGCCGCUCGUCGUCUUCCCGAAGAGGAACGAACGUACGAGGCGCUCGUCACUGCCUUUCCUCUGCUUCCUGUCCGCAGGCCGCCAUGUUGGAAGACGUAAGGAACAGAUUUCAUAACGUACAGAAGCCCAUUAAUGACAGGAGGAGAAAGAAAAAAUGUGGGACAUAAAGGGGAUCAUACUAAGACAAUACUUUGAGUUGGAGCUCUGAGUUCUCUGUCUUUCCUGUUGUAAAUGACCAAUGAAAAUAAAUAAAAAAAUCUAAAUUAUAAAACAAAAAGUCAAAAUUAUUGUAUUGAGUUUACAUUUUGACUUAAUUAAAACAUUUUCUUAAUGUCAGAAAAAACUUUAAUUUCUUUGAAGCUCAGGUUAGUUUUCAAAUAUCGUUUUUGUCUGACCAUAUAUCUGAAAUAUCAUAAUCCUGAUCAUAAUUAAAAUAAAUAUAAUAAUAAUAAUGUUUUUUCUAUCACACAAGACAGAAGCAAAAACAAAUUGCACAUUUGAUAAGAUGAGAAAUUUAAAAAAGAAUUCUACUUAAAAUUGAAAUAUUUUUGGAUUAAUUUCCUUAUCAACUAAUAUUUCAAUGAACUAAUUAUUUCAGCUCUUAUCACAAGUAUUUCAUUUUUAUUAUUCCUCAACUUUUUUUUCAAAAAUCUUUCUCUUUAUGGCAGCAAUGGGCUUCCAUACACACCCGAAUAAAGAAAUGAUGAAAAAUAUUUAAUAUAAUUAAGUUUGACUGUAAUAAUUACCUAAAAGUUAAAGUAUUAAUUAUUUAUGAAACAUGCAUUCUUUGAAAGAAGCCUCUGUUACAAACAUUUUGACACUAAAUUCUAUCUGUCUACCAUCGCCUGGCAACUCUGGGGAGAAUUAUUACAGAAUAAAUGAAAAUGUGAUCUACGAAAAAAUAAGCAACAUCACCAGAAUAACUCUGUGCCUCAGUUCUUCCAACGCGGCGGCUCGUCCGUCAUAUUGUUCGUAACCACUCGUCACUCGUGUCGUGACCGACCUGUGUGUGUUUCAGUCCUGAAGGAUGUUUGUUGUUAUUGUUCCGUCGUUUCCUCUCUGGGCUCCGACUCUCGGCAGUUGUGUGUGUGUGUUUGUGUGUGUGUGUGUGUGUGUGUGUGUGUGUGUGUGUGUGUGUGUGUGUGUGUGUGUGUGUGUGUGUGUGUGUGUGUGUGUGUGUGUGUGUGUGUGUGUGUGUGUGUGUGUGUGUGUGUAAAAGAUGGAGGUUGAUGAUUUAAACGCCUGUAAAAAGUCAUUUUGUCAGAACACAGAGAAGCUUCCUGGAUGGUGGAGUCAAGUUUUGAUGUCAGUUGUGAGCAGGAGCCCAGAUGUGCGAUGAUGAUGAUGAUGAUGAUGAUGAUGAUGAUGCUCCCAACUGCACGAGAUCUGUUUCCUCUUCUCAACCUGUUUCUUUGUAAAGGAAAAAUCCAACCUGACAAAAACAGUUUUCAGGGACGUUCUGUCCAGUUUUGGGGGGUUUCAGAUUUCUGUCAUUUCCAUGAAUAAGAUCUUUUCUACAGUGACAAAACAUAACUGCUAAAUAAUUUUCCUUUUCCUUUAAUUUGCUGCGUCUGUGAAGCUCGGCCACAUAUUUUCAGUUUACAGUUUACAUGAGAAGAAUUUACAGAACUUCUCAUCAGUCGCUGCCAAUAUAAUAAUAAUAAUAAUAAUAAUAUUAAUGAUAAUAAAAAAGGCACCUAUGAAGAUGAAGAUGAAACUAACUCAAGUGGUGUCAGAUAAAAUAAAUUUUUAGAAAUACAAUAAUAAGAAACCUAAAAUCAAAAGAAAAGAACAAAAAAAUAAAGCAAAAAAACAGUUUUAACAGAUGUCACUGACUCAGGCAGGUCGUUCCGGGGCCUCGGGGUCCCUCGGGGCUCUCGCUCUGGCCCCUUUUGGUUUCCAGCCAAGAGAUCAUUCUUUAACGGAAAAGUAACUUUUAGUCCUUUUAUUGUGGUUAUGAUGAAGAAACGUGUGAAUGCAUGUUUGGUUUUUAGAAAAGGCUAAAAGCGACGUCUGUCAAUACAACUCUGUGCUAAUGCUAAUCCUGCUUAUCGUGCUGAUCCCUCUCUGCCGUGACCAGCUGCGAUGAUAGCUGCUGUUCGGGCGGUUGGAGCAAACAGUCCGUUUUCACACCCUCUCCGCUGUCGCAUAGCAUUCUGGGAAAUGUAGGGAAUCCCUAAUUAGGGGAAAGCGGGGGUUCAUGCGCACACACAAAACAAAACAAAGGUUGGAUUUUUCCUGAUGAGUUUUUGUCAUGUCACAGCAACAGAACACUAAAGUUGCCUGUAUUGCACUGUAA